AUGCCUCCUGCGAAGGCACUGCCGCUUAUGGGGCAGCAGGUCAUGGGUCCUGCACUCGCGCUCUCCGAGUCGUGGCCUAUCGAGAGACGCACCUCCUACGGUCCAAUUGGAAAUGCCACCCACCACGGACGAUGCCGGCGGACAGUUCGGAGUGGUUUCCGGCCUCAGGAUCGCGUCGCCGCGCUGAUCAAGCGUCCUCAAACUCACCACUCGCGCACCUUCGGCACGGCGCUCGGCGGCCUCACGCUCGCGGGUCAACUGCACCUCGUUGUUGAUAUCCUGGCUGCUCGUCGCACUCGGCUCCAACGUCGCGAGCUGGACGGGCGGGUGAGCAUGUUCAUCCAGUACGUCCGGGAGGGCCGCGGUGACGUGCGGAUCUCACGGAGACAUAUCGUCACGCCUUUCCGCGCCGUUGAGGCAUCCUGGCGCCGCAUCACGGAGCUCGAACACAGGAAACUGAGCCUCACGCAAAACAUUGCUUCUGGCGGGCAGAAGACCGACACAAGUACAGCCUCUUCAUGA